GGGUUGCUGAGAACCUAUAAAAAGGUCCUCAGCCUGGUUAUCCUCUCGCAGUCGUGUUCACUUCCGGCGGACACACGAUCUCGAGGACCAGAAACGAGCAGCACGAUCUUCUCGAAUCGCGUUGGUCGCUUUAAACGCGAUUCCCACUGACGACAUGCAUCGUAAAGUUCGACUCGAGUUUCUCGUUUUCUCUAUAAUAUUGCUAUUAUGCUUGAUCCUGAAUUCUGGAGCCGAAGCUCAGCUAAACUUUUCGACCGGUUGGGGAAAGAGAAGCCAGAGACUCGAAUGGAGUGCCGUUAGACCCGAGUGCCCUUCGCAGGCUAGACCUUCGCUCGAACAGCUGCUGAACGUUUACCAUUUGAUACAGAUGGAAGCGCGAAAAAUGUUGGAGUGUCGGAAGCCGAACGAGUGAAUUCGGCAGUGGAUCUGAUCUGACGUUAGAGGAAACACCAUAGGCUAAACAUUGGACCGUUCGAGGGAGCCGUUCGAACCGUAUACCUUCAACGAUUUGCAACUUGUUUGGAAGCACUGGACUCUGAAACGAAGUAUCCGGAUCUAUCGAACAAAGCUUGCUUCGAUACGGUUUUCGUGCGAACGAGCCCGCUCGAACGUGCCUUGUAAAAUCACCGAUACGAACGAUAAUACAAACAAUGAGUAGUAAAGGA